AGUAGAUUCUCACGUUGCCGAAACAAGCAAAAAACAGCGCCAGCACACAUGUUGAAGAAAAAUCAUCAUACAACGACGAAAAUGGAAUUAAAUUUGAACAUCAAGAAAACAAGCUCACAAGACUUGCUCGCGUGUGGCAACGGAGGAGGUUUGAUCCUUUUUCCGAAACUGCUUUUAUCAACUGAUUUGACUGAGGAGUUGUUUAGCCUGUUAGCUAUCCUAGCUAACGGUACAUGCACAAACUCUUAACAUAAAAAAAAAUAUAUAUAUAUCUUAACAACAUUGUGUUCAAGUGGAGGCUGCUGAGGGGAGGACGGCUCAUAAUAAUGUAUGGAAUUGAAAAACCAUGUGUUUGAUACCAUUCUGGCCAUUAUUAUGAGCCGACCUCCCCUCAGCAGCAUCCACUGUUGUGUUCAUACUAUCAGUGUGGUCAGAUGUAACAUUUCGGUGUCCUUGUACAUAGGUCUUCAUGACAAGCUUCUCCUCAAGUCGAAGGGGCCCAAGUCUGGCAGUUCUUUGCAGACCGAGAGGGUCCCAAGAAGUAGUGGUGAGUUAAAAACAUUUCCAGCAUUUGUUUGUAGAUUAGCCACAUCUCCGCCAGGGUGCGCUGUUAUUAUGUUUCUGGUCAUUACCCUGACAGAAACAGAAUAAUAACAGCGCACCAUGGCAGAGAUGUGGCUAUUUGUAGAUCUUGCCCAUCAUAAUGUGUGCAUUGCUUGCUAAAUAUGUUAAGUAGAUUGCUACGUGUGUAGUUACAGUUGUAUGUAUGUGUGUUAUGUUGUGUUUCAGUUCUGGACAGACUGCAGAACUUCCUGCCUCAGAUGGCGCAGGCCAAUGAGAAGCUCAAGUUGCAGAUGGAGCAGGCACCUGAGGGCCAUUAUGACAUAGAGAGGGUGGAGGAGGCUGGAAAGGUCAUAGAGAUGGUGAGUUGUCUUUUAAAAGCGUCUGCUAAAUGGCAUAUUAUUAUUAUAGCCAGGGGAAGUGUGAUGUCAGAACACCACGAGCAGGCCUAUCAUAUUGUGUAG